AUGCAGAACGGGGCCGAGUAUUUCGACAGUGAGAGCGACCUUUCCGAACCUGCAGAACCUCUCGCUGCCGAAGCCUCGCCGCCAGGUGUCGGGAUCGACGGUGACGAUGAAAACCCGCGAAAUCACAAAGAAUCAGAAUCUGAUACAGACGAGCCCAAACCCGAAGGUGACGCUGACUACGAGAUGGACACGUCGAUGCAGGCAGGCGGCGCCAAGUCGGACCCUCACAACUCCUCGUCGGAUGAAUCUGUCAGACCUGCAAAGAGAAAGGCUCAACCACUGGAUGAUGAAGAAUACAUUCGAAACAACCCCGAGAUAUACGGUCUGAGACGCAGUGGACGGGCUCGACCUGUCUUGAACAUGGCAGAGUCUUCUGAUGACCAGGGUUCCGAGUCAGAUGUUCUUCCUCGACCUCGGAAGCGUUUGCGACAAACCUCUCAGCGGUCUUCCAAACACGCUACUCCAGUGGUUGAAUCUCCCACUAAUUCUGACGAUGAUUCUGACGCAUAUGGCGGUCGACGUGCAAAGCUGACCAAGAAACAACGCCGAAGAUUGUUACAGUCUGCCGAGAACCUGACACCUGCCCACGCCGAAAUUCGAUUCUCCACUCGUCGAGCCGCGAGAGUGUCGAAUUAUAACGAAGAUGAAGACGAUGACAUGUUCGAAGAUGAUGAUCCCGAUACUACGACGCCUAAUUACUGGAUAAACGGCCAGGAGGAUAGCUCUCCGGCCAUUGACAUUGUUCUGAAUCACCGCCUCAAAGCCGACGUUACGACCCCGUCUUACUCAAAAGAGGAGUAUGAGUUUCUUAUCAAAUGGCAGCAGAAGGCUUACUACCAUGCUACGUGGGAAAGCAUCGAAUCCCUUGCGGGCGUGAGGAGUCUCCGGCGAUUGGAUAAUUACAUCAAGAAGAUCCUGCAAGAAGAUAUCCGGAUCCGCAAUGACCCUAACGUCGCUCCAGAAGACAAGGAGAAAUGGAUCCUUGACCGAGAGCAGUACUUUGAUGCCUUGGAAGAACACAACAAUGUUGAGAGAGUCAUUGGCGAUCGUGAAGGCGAAGCAGGUACCGAGUAUUACGUCAAGUGGAAAGGCCUGCUCUAUGAGCAGGCAACUUGGGAGCCGUCGGGCCUCGUCAGCCAAAUUGCACAGAGCGAAAUUGAUCGCUACAUCAAUCGCAGACGCCAGGAUUUCAAGUCCAACCCCGCCGAAAGCAAUCCUUCAACUCGGUCAGCCUUCCAGCCCAUGCGGGAGCAACCAUCUUACAUCCAGAACGGCACUCUGAGAGACUUCCAAAUGACAGGCGUGAAUUUUCUCGCCUAUAACUGGGUGAAGGGGAAGAACGUGGUCCUCGCAGAUGAGAUGGGCUUGGGCAAAACUGUGCAAACCGUUGCCUUUUUAAGUUGGCUGAGACACAAUCGUGGCCAACAAGGUCCUUUCCUCGUCACAGUUCCGCUCUCCACCAUGCCUGCUUGGGCGGACACUUUCGACUUGUGGGCCCCCGAUAUCAACUAUGUCAUCUACAAUGGUAAUCAGAACUCGCGAAGCAUCAUCCGAGAGUACGAACUGUUACCUGAUGGAAGUUUUCGUCACCCGCGCUUUCACGUUCUCCUCACGACAUAUGAAUAUGUUUUGCACGACGCCCCGUUCUUGAGUCAGAUCAAGUGGCAAUUCAUGGCUGUGGAUGAGGCACAUCGUUUGAAGAACCGAGACUCUCAGUUGUAUGACCGCUUGCGAGAGUUCAAAGCUCCUGCUCGCCUGCUCAUCACCGGCACCCCCGUCCAAAACAACCUCGGCGAGCUUUCGGCUCUGUUCGACUUUCUGAAGCCCGGCGUCGUCAACAUCGAUGAAAAUAUGGACUUGACCAACGAAGAAGCAAGUGCUAAGAUUGCGCAGCUGACCGAGGACAUCAAGCCGUACAUGCUUCGAAGAACCAAGCAGAAGGUCGAAAAGGAUCUACCUCCUAAGACGGAGAAAAUCAUCCGAGUCGAACUCUCCGACAUCCAGCUUGAAUAUUACAAGAAUAUUUUGACUAAGAACUAUGCUGCCCUGAACCAAGGCGCAAAGGGUCAGAAGCAGUCCCUGCUCAACAUCAUGAUGGAGCUGAAGAAGGCGAGCAAUCAUCCCUUCAUGUUCCCCAGUGCUGAGGAGCGCCUGGUACCGGAAGGUGCUCGCCGGGAUGAGGUUUUGCGUGCUCUUGUUACGAGCAGUGGGAAGAUGAUGCUUCUGGACCAGCUUCUGACCAAGCUGAAGCGCGAUGGUCAUCGUGUGCUCAUUUUCAGCCAAAUGGUCAAAAUGCUGGACAUUCUCGGAGACUACAUGGAAUAUCGAGGUCAUGCCUAUCAGCGUCUUGACGGUACUAUCGCUGCCGCUGCCCGACGUAUCGCCAUUGACCACUUCAAUGCUCCCGAUAGCAGUGAUUUCUGCUUCUUGCUCUCGACCAGAGCGGGUGGUCUCGGAAUCAACCUGAUGACUGCCGACACCGUCAUCAUCUUCGAUUCCGACUGGAACCCGCAAGCAGACCUGCAGGCCAUGGCUCGGGCUCACCGAAUCGGUCAAGUGAAGCCUGUCAGUGUCUAUCGGUUAGUGUCCAAGGAGACAGUUGAAGAAGAAAUCCUCGAGCGUGCGCGAAACAAGCUCAUGCUGGAGUUUCUGACCAUUCAGCGUGGUGUCACAGACGAAAAAGCUCAAGCACGACGUAGCGCCAUGGUUGGCGAACCUGGCAGCUCCAGUGAAAUCUCCCGGAUCCUCAAAAAGCGAGGACAGAAGAUGUUUGAGCAAACAGACAAUCAGAAAAAGCUUGAAGAACUCGACCUGGAUGCGGUGCUCAACAGUGCCGAAGAUUAUAAGGUCGAGCAACCAGACGGAACUGAGGCAGACGGCGGAGAGGAUUUCCUGCGAACGUUCGAUUUUGUUGACGUCAAGGUCGACGAGCUAUCUUGGGACGACAUUAUUCCCAAACAACAACUCGAAGAGAUCAAGGCCGAAGAGCAGCGCAAAGCUGAUGAGAAGUAUCUCGCAGAAGUCAUCGAACAAAACAAGCCCCGAGUACGCAACCAUCAGGUCGAGGAUCGAGAAGCUCGCAAGGCACGACGUCAGGAGCAACGCCAGAAAGAAAUCGAUUCAGACAGCGGGUCCGAAGACAAUCCCAAGGCUGACCCGGCCCGGCCCCUGAGUGAGCGGGAAUAUCGGUAUCUAAUCAAAGGUCAUCUCCGAUACGGUUCGAUUGACGAUCGUCAGGAAGAAUUCUUGGCCGAGGCACGCCUCCGCGGUCGGGACAUCGGCGUGGUUAAAGCCGCCAUGCAAGAGGUGUGGGACAAGUCAGUCGAGCUAUAUCAAGAAGAGCAGAAUCGUAUGGCCGAGUUAGAGCGUACUUCCAAUCGCCCGAUCACCAAGAAGGAUAGGAAAGCAAUCCUGUUUGAGCUCCACGGAGUGAAGCGCAUCAACGCCGAGACCAUCCUCGAUCGACCGGGCGAAAUGCGAUUGCUACAAGAAGUUACCUCCAGAGAAUCCGACUUCAGAUCCUUCCGCAUUCCCGAAGCUACCAAGAGCGCUGGUUAUACUUGCGCGUGGGGCGCCAAAGAAGAUGGCAUGCUCUGUAUCGGCAUUGCUCGUCACGGCUAUGGCGCGUGGGAGAGGAUUCGUGAUGAUCCCGACCUUGAACUGAAAGAUAAAUUCUUUCUUGAAGAACAUCGGGUUGACAAGAAAGCCGAACGUGAGAAGGGGGAUGAGAAGAAUGCAAAGUCACCUGGGGCAGUUCAUCUGGUCAGACGUGCCGAUUAUCUCAUCUCGGUCCUCAAGAGCAAAUAUGGAAAUGAUCCAGCUGCGAAGAAAGCGGUUGAAAAUCAUCAUCGGAACAACAAGAAGCACAAUGGCGAAAAGGCCGGAGGCACCGAAUCGCCUGCUCCUGGGUCUCAUCGCAAGACAAAUCGUGAUUCAGAGAAGCCUAGACAUCGAGUCAGUCAAGCUCAUCGUGAAAAUUCUGAGAGACAUGGCACUCCCAGAUCCGAAGGACGCCAUGCCCAUGGCAAACACGACAUUGAGAGCAAAGACCAUAGGGAUCGCAAGCACCGCGAUGAACAUGGUCACACACGCCACAAUAGGCAUGCAAGUGAUCACAGACGCGGCGAGAAUGCUGCCAAUGGAUCUGCUCCCGAAGUCGAUCCCCUGAUGCUGAUGCUAUUCAAACCUGUCAGAGAAAGUUUGAAGAAGAUCAAGGCAGCGACCAAGAGCGCCAUCCCAGAUGCACAGGCACGAGCGAAUGAACUGAGGAUGCUGCUGAAAGAAAUUGGCAGCUUCAUCACCGAGCAAGUUGCGGAGCUUGACGAUAACCACGAUUCUGUGGAAAAACGCUUCUGGGAAUAUGCUGCGACCUAUUGGCCAAACAAAGGUAUUAGAGGCAAGGAACUUCAAACCAUCCAUGGCAAAAUUGUGGCUUCCGACAACAAGCUUGCUGGUGAAGGAUCGCCCAAUGACGAGUCUAACAACGUUGAUGGUCGAGCCAAUGGAUCGUACCAGACUUCACCACCCCAGUAA